UUUGACCCCAUUUAAAAGUUGCAUUACUUUCAAAUUUAGAUGUUAAAGUAACAGCUCAUUUUCCCUCAAAAAGUUUGAGAUUCACUAAAGUUGGUCAAGACUUCACCACAAAGUAUACAUUUUGAAAAAUUGAAACUUUAUUUCAAGAUUAUGGCCCCCUGUAGCCUACCCCUAAGAAAGGGGGAAAGGAAAAAGAAACACACUACAAUAGACUUAUAUUGCCUAAAGAACAUGUUACAUGACGCAAAUUUCAAGUAGUACUUUCUUCUUUUCUCCAAUUUCGUUUCUAUCCCUAAGCCUAUCAAUUUCCAAUAGCCUCUUUAUUUUGCCUUUUGAUGAUCAAUGCUGGAAAGAAUUCAAGAAUCUACAGUCAAUUAGGCAACUCCUCCUUCAAAUGGGCUCACUUCUUUAUCUUACUUUGACAUUACUUUCAUUGGCAUUCACCGCGAUUCUUUCAAGUGAAGCACAAGGCAUAAAAUCAGCGCGACUUCUUGAUCUAGUCCUACGAGACAACACGUUCCGAUACUACAACACAAGGAAAUUCAGAACGGCGAAACUGUACCCCAUACAUUUACCAUCUAAUCUCUCGGGGAUCAAAGUCGAUUCAAUAAGGUAUCGAUGUGGUAGUCUAGCAAGAUAUGGUGCCAAAAUAAAAGAAUUCGAAUUGCCAAUUGGGGUAAGUAUUCAACAUUGUGCUGAAAGAGUACUAAUUAUUAGACAAAAUCUUGGAUCCAAUUGGUCUUCUAUUUACUAUGACAACUAUGAAUUAUCAGGUUAUCAACUUAUUUCCCCUGUUUUAGGCUUAUUAGCAUUCAAUGCUGGUGAUGACAUUGUCACUUCAUCCAUCCCAUUGGAACUCGGAUUCCAAUCCGAUAAAAUUCCAAUCAAAAUAGAUUUUAGCAAUACAACAAGGCUAGUAAAUUCGACUAUUAUUACCCCCGGGAUCAUACCAUUAUGUGCUAGCUUUGAGCGCGAAGGAAAGGUGACACUAACAAAACAAGUAUCACAAAAUGUUUGUUCUGCUAAAAAGCAGGGGCAUUUUGGUUUAGUUAUUGAAUCGCCUUUGAUACCUUUGAAAAAUAAACGUGAAAGUAAGUGGAAAUUAGCUAUAGGGAGCUCGAUUGGAGCUGCAUUGGGCGCAUUCCUUUUAGGUUUAUUACUUAUCGCGUUAUUCGCCAAAGUGAAGAAGAAAGCAAGGAUGGAGGAAUUGGUAAGAAGGGCAUAUGAAGAAGAAGCUUUACAAGUUUCUAUGGUUGGACAUGUUAGAGCUCCAACUGCAGCAGGUACUAGGACUGUUCCAACUAUUGAACAUGAUUAUAGUCCUCAUAAUACUUAAAAAAAUAUAAUUAUUUUUAGAUUUUUGUGGAUUAUUAUUCUUUUUGUAAGAUGAAAAUCUUUUGAAGUUUUAUGUAUUGAUACAAUUGAAAUUUCUUAGGCCAGGGGAAAUAGAUUAAAUGCUGACAAUUAAUUUGUUGUAUCUGUUCUGCUAAAUUCAACUUCUUUCCUUUUCUUUUC